AACUACACAAAACAGAAAACUUUCUUGUUGAUGUUACACUUGACGAUGUUGAUGUUGCAGAAGAUCUGUGCAUACCGCGCCACACAAUUCGAGACUGCGAUGAGAAUUUUAUUGAACUUGCUGAUAUUAUUAACACUGAACAUAAUCUCCACGCUCCAACAACAGUGGCUGAAGCUGAGAAUUAUUAUGUCACUCUACUAGCGCACAUUGAAUCUGUUUAA